CCUUUCCUGAAUUUCAAAACCCUAAAACGUUGAUCAAACAAAACCCUAAUUUUUCAAUUCUCUGCCAUUGUUGAACGGAUAAAGAAAGAUCAUAAUUCCAUAAUUUUUUCCCCAAUUCGGUGGAUUAGUAGCAAUUUGGGAAGCUGAGAAAUGGACAUUGAGCAGAAGCAAGCGGAGCACAUAGAGUAUUUUGUGAAGCAGGCGUCGGAUAACAAGGGCUCGGCGCUCUCGAGCAUCAUCGUUGAGGCAACUUCGCACCCUUCACUGUUUGCUUUCUCCGAGAUUCUCUCUGUUCCGAACGUACUCGAGCUUGCAGGAACCGAGAACAGUGCCUUCCUUGAUUUGCUUCGCAUGUUUGCUCAUGGUACCUGGAGUGAAUAUAAGAGUAAUGCUAGCCGUCUUCCACAAAUUGUUCCUGAUCAAGUUCUGAAAUUGAAGCAGCUGACUGUACUUACUCUUGCUGAGACAGACAAGGUAUUGCCCUAUGAUACAUUGAUGCAGGAGUUGGAUGUUCAGAAUGUUCGUGAGCUGGAAGAUUUUCUCAUUAAUGAUUGCAUGUAUGUGGGGAUAGUCAGAGGAAAGCUCGAUCAGUUGCGAAGAUGCUUUGAGGUGCAAUUUGCGGCAGGGAGGGAUCUUAGACCUGCCCAAUUGGGCAGUAUGAUUCAAACGCUAGCCAGUUGGCUAUUAACUUCAGAAGAUCUUCUUGUUUCAAUUCAAGACAAGAUCAAAUGGGCAGAUUCAAUGAGUGAGAUAGACAAGAAGCACAAAAAGGAAGUUGAUGAAAGGGUCGAAGAAGUAAAGAAAACACUAUCUUUGAAGAAGUUACCAAUUGUAAGCAGGCCGACAUUGAUUUCCGAGGGCAUGAGGAGAUCUAUUCUGAACAUGGUGGAGUAAUGGACUUUGAGGAAGACCGAAGCCGCCCUAAGAGGAGACGACAUCCCGUAGGUUGAGGAGAUGAAAUUAAGAGGAUAUUCUAGGGGUAUAUUGGUCAGAUAACUUGCCAUUUUUUUGGAUCAAUGGCAUUGCAUAAUGCAAGACCACUCCUCCUGAAUUUGGGGGCCCUCUCCAUUGAAUAUGUCAACCAAAUUUAGACUCAAGAAAAUCGACGGCAUUGAUUAGCAAAAAUAUAUAACCCGAGUAAAGAAAAAAUCUUUUUCGAUUUGGAUAAGAAGCAGAUGUAAUAUUUUUAUCUAAUAUUGGUGGGACAAUAUUGCACCUAUAUUUUACCGAGCUUGUCGAAACAGUUUCCGUGCACCCUUUAUCUUCCAUUGUGCUGGAUGUAAGUAUGAUUCCUUUAUAUCCUUCGUUUAUUGGUUAUUCUGACUUUGCCGUUAACGGUUUUGAGUUGUAAUUAUGUUUGGUUAACCGUGUGGUAUGGUUUCGU